GUGUUGCGGCUGGUCUCUUGGCUGGCUGCAGCAGGGAUGAAGCUGACAGUCUUCGGUGGACAACAGCGUGCAUUGCGAGCAACUGCCGGAGAGGCAACUUUUUUUUUUUAUCAACUAUUAUGUCUUUUUAACUUUUUAAGAGAACGAGACAGACAUUUUUCGUCCAUUUUCUCCAGCUAAGACCUGUCUCUAUCCAUUUUUUCUUGCUUUUCAGCCAACUCGUGUGGUGCAUUUGAGGGUGUAAAGAAAGCACAUCGCCACCUUUGAGGUCUUUUACAAUCAUGAAGCGUUGUGAAGGACUCAUUAUGAGGACGUGAGGUGUAGAUUUGGACUUUUGAGUGCUGACUUUUGCUGAGAAGACUCCUGGGUUCCCCAUUAGACAACAAGUUGACACCAUGAAAGAGGACUAAUGACUUCUGCCUCCAGUCAGGACUUUUUCAAGUUGGACGCCUUUUUUUGUCGUUGCAAGUCUGUCAUUUCGUAUUGAAACCAACAAACUCUCAUCCAGUGUCAGUGUUUUGGCUCUCAGCAGUCCACUUUAAAUGCAGACUGGUCUUCGGUCAGUGAGAACACAGCCGAGACGCCGGUGCCAUCUGAUUGUUCAUCCAAGGCUAAGCAGAGGACACAAGUGCAUUGUGCACCAUUCCCCAUCACUAUGGAGCUGACAUACAGGAUCAUUGGCCUGCUGGGAUGCAUCUUCCUGGACUGGGCUCCUCAGGCGUCUGCAGAGGAAGAGGUGCUGAUGAACACAAAGACAGAGACUUCUGAUCUGAAAUGGACCAUCUACUCACGGGCCAAACCAGAGUGGGAGGAAAUGAGCGGUUUAGACGAGGAGAACAACAGUGUGAGGAUCUACCAGAUCUGUCAGACUGACAGCUCUUUCAGCCACUGGCUGCGCAGUGGCUUCAUCCAGCGACGAGGAGCCUCGCAAGUUUACGUGGAGCUGCGCUUCACCAUGAUGGAGUGCUCCUCCGGGAACGGCCACCACCGCAGCUGCAAGGAGACCUUUAACCUCUACUACUAUCAGGCCGACUCCAACGAUGCCACAGCCACAUACCCACCAUGGAUGGAGAACCCCUACAAAAAGGUUGAUACAGUGGCUGCAGACUUUCUCCUCAGGAAGGACGAGAGGAAAUCCAACAUGAAGACCUUAAGACUCGGCCCUUUGUCCAAGAGAGGCUUCUACUUGGCCUUUCAGGCUCAGGGCGCCUGCAUGGCUCUGCUCUCCGUGAGGGUUUUCUUCAAAAAGUGCCCCCCCUUGGUCAGCGCUCUUUCUUCAUUCCCCGAGACGGUUCCCCGCACUUUAGUACAAGAGGCACAAGGUGUGUGCGUGGAGCACGCCUCACAGCAGGGACCAAGACCUCGUCCUCCCAAACUCUUCUGCGGAGAAGACGGCCAGUGGGUGGGCCAGCCGACCACCUCCUGUGCCUGCCUUCCUGGAUAUGAGGCCGCCGACGGACACACAAGAUGUACAGCUUGUCCUGUGGGUCACUUCAAGUCCACAGCAGAGGGACAGUGCACAGUCUGUCCUGGAGCGAGCCACGCCUCCAUCAGGGGGGAGUCUGUCUGUGCGUGCCGGCCCGGAUACUUCCGUGCACCAUCAGACUCUCCCGACACACCUUGCACGAGACCUCCCUCAGCCCCACGUAGCAUUGCCUCCCAGAUAAAUGGCACAUCGCUCCGACUGGAGUGGAACGAGCCUCUGGACGAUGGUGGCCGAGUGGACCUGAGCUACGCCAUCAGGUGCUUCUCCUGCCGUACGCCGAGGGGUCCGUGCUCGUCCUGUGGCGACAGCGUCAGCUACCGCCCGGCCCAGCAGGGCCUGACAAGUCGCAGGGUGGAGGUGUGGGGCCUGCUGCCUCACACCACUUAUACCUUCACCAUCCAGGUUCUCAACGGGGUGUCUCAGCUCAGCGGCAAGGACCCCGCGAGCGAAAGUGUCAAUAUUACCACCAGCUAUGACGUGCCGUCGCUGGUGUCUGUGAUUCGGAAGAGUGACUCCACAGAGAGCAGUCUGACUCUACACUGGUCUGUCCCCGUGCAGCCACACUACACCAUUCUCCAGUAUCAACUACGCUACUGCGAGAAGGAGCGGCGCAGUGAGGAUCAGUGCCACUACACAGAGAGCAGCAGAAACCAGGCCGUGCUGACGGACCUCCGCAGAGCCACGCAGUACGAAGUGCAGGUCCGGGCGCGCACCAUGGCUGGCUUUGGCAGCUUCAGUCCUGCGGCCGUCUUCCGCACCCUGCCUGAUGGACACGACUCUUCCUCCCAGUUCUUGGUGCCGGGCAUCCUUAUCGCCGUCGGGAUGCUGCUGCUGGUCACUUUCAUCAUUGUGGCUGCCUACUGCAUACGAAGGCACAGCCGCAUGAAGGAUCCGGAGCUGAGUGACAAGAACAGCCAGUACUUAGUGGGCCAAGGGGUCAAGGUUUAUAUCGACCCCUUCACCUACGAGGACCCCAAUGAGGCGGUGCGCGAAUUUGCCAAGGAAAUCGAUGUUUCCUUUGUAAAGAUUGAGGAGGUUAUCGGAGCUGGAGAGUUCGGGGAGGUGUGCCGCGGCAGACUGAGGGUCCCCGGGAAAAAGGAAAACUACGUAGCGAUAAAGACGCUAAAAGGUGGCUACACCGAGAAGCAGAGGCGUGACUUCCUGUCUGAAGCCUCCAUCAUGGGCCAGUUUCAGCAUCCCAACAUCAUCCACCUGGAGGGCAUCAUCACAGCCAGCUGUCCAGUCAUGAUCCUCACAGAGUUCAUGGAGAACGGCGCUCUGGAUUCUUUCCUACGACUUAAUGACAGCCAGUUCACGCCCAUCCAACUUGUGGGGAUGCUGCGCGGGAUCGCCUCCGGCAUGAAGUACUUGUCGGAGAUGAGUUACGUCCACCGAGAUCUGGCGGCGCGAAACAUCCUCAUCAACAGCAACUUGGUGUGCAAGGUGUCCGACUUUGGCUUGUCACGCUUCCUGCAGGAGAACUCCUCGGACCCCACGUACACCAGCUCCCUGGGAGGGAAGAUCCCAAUCCGCUGGACAGCACCGGAGGCAAUCGCCUUUCGAAAGUUCACCUCAGCCUCGGAUGUGUGGAGCUACGGCAUCGUCAUGUGGGAGGUCAUGUCUUUUGGAGAGAGGCCCUACUGGGACAUGAGCAACCAAGAUGUAAUCAAUGCCAUCGAGCAGGACUAUCGGCUGCCUCCGCCCCCCGACUGCCCCACUCACCUGCACCAGCUGAUGCUAGACUGCUGGCAGAAGGAUCGCUCCGCACGGCCUCGCUUCGCUGAGCUUGUCAGCGCCUUGGACAAGCUGAUCAGAAACCCCGCCUCACUGAAAAUCGUGGCCCAGGAGGGAGCAGGGCCCUCCUACCCCCUGCUCGGCCAACGCUCGCCUUUGCCCCUCUCGUCCUGUGCGUCAGUGGGGGAAUGGUUGAGGGCUAUCAAGAUGGAGCGUUACGAGGACAGCUUCCUGCAAGCCGGACUCACCUCUGUCGAACAGCUGGGCCAGAUCAGCACACAAGACUUGCUGCACAUGGGCGUGACCUUGGCCGGCCAUCAGAGGAAGAUCCUGUCCAGCAUCCAGACCAUGAGCUUCCAGAACAAAAGCACCACACCUGUGACCUUCUAGCUCACGUGUCAGAACGUGAGCCCGGAGCACGCCCGUGACCCACUAUGAACUCGACAGAGAGACAUAGGAAGAAUUUGUAAUUAUCACCUGCAAGUCCAAGAACCCACGACACUUGCCAAGAAACUCUUGUCUUUGUGGGCUGGGCUUUUAUACCGAACGCCCCAUUUUAAGUGUCAAGCAAAGAGAGACAAAUAAAGCAGACUGAUGAAAAGCAGCUGCUUGUCAAAGAAGCUAAAGGCCAAUGACAGGGCGUCACACUCUUGUGUUAAUACACACAAGAACCACUUUGACACGUCUGCUUCCAUCUGGAUCACAGCUUUCACAUGAAGAACACUUGAACUGCGCGGCAUUUUUUUUUUUUGUAUUCAUUUGAUUUCAACAUGACCUCCUCUUUACUCAGGUGCGGCGUGUAGAGCAGGCUUUGCUGUCCUCGCUCGGAAUCAUAAAACUCCUCUCAUCCUCCAGCGUGAAGGAUACAGAGAGAGAGAGAGAGAGGGACACAUAUCAGCACUUGUGUCGUUAACGGUGACGUGCGGUCAGGGGGAGACAGGUGAGGCAGAGCCUCGAAAAUAAAAAGCAAAUAAUGAUUCCAAACAUUUUUUUUUAAGCAAAAUCGCAGAAUUUGCACAUUUCAUGAUCAAAUACAAGGCAGAAACCUAAAAGGAGGCUGCGGUGACUCUCUUCUCUGGGCUCCUCAGCGCAUCAGCAUGACGCCAAUAUAAUGUUUGCAUAAACAUUUCCUGUCCACCUUGACUUUCUACAGCAUGUCUCGUGUCUUUAAUGUAAGCGUGACGACAUCGUUCUUGCUAAUCGGACAGUACCAUCCAGAGAAAGGUCAUACGCUGCAGGUGCUGCAGUACUUCAUCCCACCAUGAAGGGGUGGGGGCGUGCAUGAGCUUGGAAGGUGCUUGGAAAAGCCAGCGCCAGUGUUCAACUUCAACUUUAUUGACAUACACAAACAGCAGCGCCAGCUGGAGCCGGAUUUAGCUCCAAGUCAGAGGUAAUAAAUAUAUUUUCAUGCUCUGCUGCUAAAAUGGAGGAUUAUCCAUCCAAACUCAAACACCUUUCAAAACUGGACCUUCAGACAAAACGGAAUGCGAUGAGAUUAUUACGACUCGGUGUGUGCCGAUACAACUUUUCCACCUCCGGUAUGAUACCGAUAUUGCAGCCUUGAGUACUGGCCAAUCCGAUACGAUAUCAGCACGAAUUGUAUGUGAGAAAAGGCUUGAAAAAAAACCCACUGGCUUCCCCGUUUUGCACUCAUCUUUUUCAGCCGACGUCGCUCCUGCCGCUUUGUUAUCCCACGCCGUUGUUGUGAUCACGUAGCGCUCCGCACGAUGGAUCCAGGCGCUGCUGGAUAGAAGUGCCGGAGCGCUGAUAUCGGAUGCUUAGGGACCGUCCACACGGACAACGUUUUCAGGUGAAAACUGCACAGUAUUUCAUCCUUUCAGCCUUUCAUCCACACGGAAACGGCGUUCUUCCUUGGUAUUUGGUACGUCGUUGCCGUGUAGACAACGUUUUAUACUCCAAAAUGACCCGAAGAAGUAGCUCCACUUCAUUGUCGUUCGUCUAAACAAGCCUAGGAAAUCGGAAGACGCCGAACUUCAUGCGAAUGCGGCCUUUCUUCUAUAGUUUUGGUGUCACGUGGUUCUGUCUGCGCGUGUGUCCACAGCGCCACUAUUAGCGUGCAACUAUUUGCUAAACCGGCACAGUGUGGACGCACAUUUUUGUCAACCCGCCAAAAAAGAAAUCUCAGGAGGACCACCAAUGUUUUUCAGUAUUAAAAAAUCAGGCUGUGAAGUACUUGAAAAGACUAACCUGUAUUAACAUAAAAAACGUCUGAAGGAGAGUCAGCGCCUCACCAGCCAUGAGCCUCACCACACGUCACCGGCCGUUACAGAGGGAACUCUAAUCUCUGCUCGCUCCAUGCGUGGGUUUUUUGUGUGUGUGUGUGUGAGUGGGAUAUUUCUUCAGCUCCCUUUUUUCAUGGAAACGAGCAAGGACCAAACAGGACGAGAGAAGACUCUCCAGCCGGCCUUAAAGCUGUCAGUGCUGAUGUUCCUCAUUCUCUAGUGCCAUUCUUUGUGGAUGCGUAUCCCAAUGAAGAAUAAUAGGUCAGGUGUGUUUUGCCUCAUUUAAACGCAAUGCAAAAGGUUGCUUUGACUGUAUUUUGACUGUAUUAUUUUUCCUUAUGUAAACAAUGUGAAAUGUUUGUUUUUGCGUCAAGCUAUACAAAAACGUCCUCUUAACGCGUUGCUAACAAUGCACCCAGUGUGCCGGAGCCCCUGGUUUUGGAAUGGAAUGCUAACAACUACACAGAGCUGCUGUUUGAUUAGCACCGGCCCCCCCUUGUCCUUGUCUUACUGACUACAAGCGCUUGUUAAAGGAAAAAAAAAAACACAUUUUUUUUACUGAAAGAUGUGGCAUCUUUCGUAAAGGGUAAGACCAAUAUUUCUGGCAUUUAUGACAAUUAGUUAGCAUAAUGUCCCCCCAGGAGGCUCGCAGCCCUGCAGUGCAAGUGCAUCCUGCCAAAGAGCCACGUUGGAUGCACACAAAAACAAAAAACACACACUGCUUCUUUCUAAAUGGCCCGUAAGACACAGAAACCCUUUUUUUAGCUGGCAUUUUGGAUUUUAAUUUGCACCACUCAAGAUAAGUGAGGUAAAGCAGACAGCUCCCACCACCACCCCCCCGCCCACCUCCAUCCGCUGUACCUGUGGGGGUAGAUUCUAGCUCACAGGAGCUUAAAUAUGGCUUUUCUAUCAUCUGGGAUCAUUUUCUGUGGCUUUAAGAAGAUUGAGGUGCAAUUAACCCUCACGCUGAUUAACCAGAAGCCGCUGAAAUGAGGUGCAGGAAGUGUGUGACCAUUUUUUUUUUAAUCAAUAUAGAGUGGACUUAAGACUCCAAUCAGUGUAAAUCAAAAGGGCGCUUAGUGUGUCGUCUUUUCUAACCUUCAUCUCUCGAAACCAUGACAAGCCUUCAUCCAAAGCACUGGGACGCGACGCAAGACGUUCCUAUGAAGGCUUACUGGAAAUGCGGUCUUCAUAUUGAAGAUCUCAGUAUAGUCGGUCCACUUUGAAAUAA